AAAAUGGAUAAAAGAAAAAUGUUGUUAUUGGCAGCUAUGCUGUUUGUAAAAAAUCAAUAUUUAUUUAAUGAAAAAAUGAAACUACUAUUAAUUAAACUAAUGGACAACCGAACUCGGAUGAAAGCUCUCAUAAACAGUAGCGCAAUCCUACAAUCCGGGAUUGCAAUUGCUCAGGCACGCGUACGGGAAGUUUGGAAAUUCAAUCGCAGUGUCACAUUUUGGGAGUACGACGUCCGUGCAAUGGAUGAUACAAGAUUUAGGGAAAACUUUCGUCUCGAUAGAAGGGGUUUCCAAAAAGUGUGCGAUAAAGUGCGCAGUAUUGAGAAAAUGGAUAACAACAUGAGGCGUUGUAUUCCACUCGAUAAGAGAGUGGCUAUCGCACUUUUCUCUUUGGGCUCGGCAGCGGAGUACAGGACAGUUUGCAGUUUAUUCGGCGUUGGCCGUAGUACUGUUGGUAAAAUUGUCCUGGAUUUUUGCCAUGCAGUAUGCAAUAAUCUUGGAGAAUACAUUAUAUAUUUGGAGGCCAUUUGA